AUGGGGGAGAUCUUUCUGGACCGAGCACUCGGGCUUCUGGCCUCGGAUAGGCAAAAGGAUCGAACUGAUGGGCUAGCAGACCUAAAACAUAUUCUACAUCAGAACAAACGGAGCUCCAAACUUUUAGAUCUCAAUGAUAAAGCCUGCCACAAAAUUUUCGAAUCCCUCUUCCGGCUGGUCGCUUCGGAAAAAUCAGUCUACACCCGAGCCCAACGAUCGAACUCCAAGAGCCCUUCUACCACACGGCUGUCAACAUGCGCGUCGGUGGUUCGGAUUGCGGUCGACAUCUUCCUGCGGAGUAUCAGGACCAAAACCGUCCGUCUCAUCAUUGACCAUGUCACCGAGACCAUACCAAUCCCUGGAGAAGGCCUCUGGGAGCUCCUAAGCGUGGACUACACCAAAUGCCUAACAUCUCUUCUUCGCUACCCACCCCACACUGAGCACCUUGGAGAUGGAGAAUGGGAGAAACUCAUCGAGUUCUGUCUUACCGCAUUAAACCUCCAGGAAAGCGACGAGAGUCAACCCAGCAUCCGCAGCGGAAAUCGGUCUGCCGGUGAAGACCUACUGGAUGCUAGCGAUGGCCGCUCAACCCCGUCAAGGAUGACUCCUGCUCCAGCUUCCAGAGAAAAAUAUGUGGGCGAUAAAAAUGCCAUCGGAGAGGCUGUAGUAUGUAUUCAUGUUCUGACCGCAAGCCCCAGUGCUCCGGUUCAGGUUGCAGCCGAAAAUAUCCUUCAUGGGCUUGUGGAGUUUGUCAAAUCCUCGUCAAGGGUUGCGGGGAAUGCACACCAGCUUGCAUUCAGUAGCAUCAAUACAGUCGUUUCGAAAGUGUUGUUUGAUCAGUCUGAAGUGGUUCGAUCAGCUCUUUUGCGCCUUGUCCCAGUAAUUCGACGCCUGUGGGCCACUAAGCUCCAAAACCUGAAGGACGAGUUACUUGUUACUUUGAUGCACUGCACAGUGGUCUUGACCGAUGCAACUCGGAAUGAUCUGUCCGCGUCGCUGGAGCCCUCUAUCGAGGGACUUGUCGACUCCCUUCACUCCGAAUAUGUGAGACGUCCCGAGAAAGAGUUGAUGCAGGUUGAUGAUGUGGUCUUCUAUGACGCGACAGACAAGAAGAAUCGGCCGCUAUAUGGACCUCGCUUGGGAAGCUCUCGGUCAGAACACAAAUGGUCUCUGAUUUGGGUCAUUGCAAACCUGUUACAGCAGUCGGAAGACAUCUCAGCUAAUCCAACAGGUCGGAAUCCCCUUCGAGAGACCUCGGGGAAACGGCAACGCUUGAAUUCCGGCAUCGACGACAUUUUUCGAGAUGCAGUUUCAGCAACAGGUGCACGGAGGAUUUGCGCCCUGCAACUUGUUCCUUUUCUUGAACGCACGAUGGACGCAGAUAGAAAGGAAUCUUUCCUCCAGCGACUGAUACCUAACAUCAUCGAUGAAAAUGGCGCCAUUUCCUCCUGGACAAUGAUUGCGCUGGCAAGCAUCGCAACAGGGCCUGACUCGAGAGCCUUUCCGUUCAAAAGGCAUUGGUCACGAGCUGUGGACCUCACAGCUCGAGCCUUCUCUUCCUUUGUCACAUCUAGAGCUGCCUGCAAGCUCAUGGGCACCAUAAUAGAAUCUGACCUGCUGGAGUAUUCUACUGCGACGGAGACCAUACGCUCUAUGCUGUUUUCCGCGAAUCUAAACGGUCCCUCAGCCAUUUCAGAUGCAUCUCUGGGUCUUUGGGCAUUAAUAGCACGGAAGAGAACACAAAUAAGUCCCGGCCCAGCACAAAAUGCUUCGAAGCACAUCUGUAGUUGGCUGAGAGAAGCGUGGACUAUUGAGUUUGCAGGCUCAGUCACCGACCGCAUUCAAACAGCUCAAGUCGCUAUGUUUGCCCGCCCAUUCGAAUUGCUCAACCUUUUCAUGGCUUGCACCAAUCGACCUUUCAAGCCUCCUUGCCUUCAGGAGACAGGGCCUACGGGACCAGUAGGAAGGGCAUGGUUUUUCUUUCAUGAAAAUCAAGAACUUCUGGAGUACCUAUUCAACAUCGGGUGUGAUAUUCGCAACUCCGACCCAUGGAGUCGGGACAGUUCAUGGACCCUAGAGCCAUCAGCACGACAGGACGCCGAUGAUUUGGUGAUCCUAGAACUCUUACGAUCAAAGUCUGAGGUGUUCCUUCAAACAUGGAAGACAUUGACGGAAGACAGAUCGCUUCAUAUUACUGCAGAUAUUCUGCAAAUACUCACAUCCUUUUGUACCGUGUCCGCUCUUUUUGGGGCAUGUCUUCCCCAGCAACUGGAAUCACGAAUGCAAGAAAUCCACAAGAACUGUCAUUCCAUGUGGAAUGGCAUCUGUGAGUUCUUCGCGGCUCACGGAUUAAACUCAUUACAACCUUGCCUUGAGACGAUAUUGCCAUUUAUUCCUUCGGGGCCAAGUAAUUGCUCUAUCGCCUGGAUUGGCAUUUCAUCGGUCGUGACUCCUCUUGCUAAAGUACUCGAGAUGUUCCGCCAGGGUUCCAAAGAAGACCGCACCACCAUGCAUGACCUUAUGGAUUUGGAUGACCGGCUGACAGCCCAGGGAGACCAGUUAUCGACCGAUCAAGGUAUCCUAUCUCUGAAUCGGGAGUCACUCGCACUAUUUCGAGACAUCGCCACUUUCCAGCGGUGUGUGACUGUUCAGCUCUCCAUCCUGUUAAAGGUACAGACGGAAACUGGCCCUUUGGAAAACCGUUCAUCGGAUCUCAUUGAGUACCUGACGAGUUUGGAUGAAGCAGAUCUCUUAUCAGCUCAACGUGUAUUACCUGAGGUCUACCGCAUUGUCUCAAAAAUGAAUCGGAACGAACUGCUUCGUGUUCUGGAGGACCUGGGAGAAAAGUGUCUCCAGUCAUAUGAAAUGGAACGGUGUGAGGCUGCUCACGGCAUCUGCAUCAGUAUGAUGUCCAGUUUUGUUGCAUCCUGGACAGAUGAACAGAAUGAAACAUUGAGUGAAUCAGCCAUGGACCUGUACAGCUGGUUUAUGGAGGCCCUCUUGGCUAGAAAGAGAGCCUCGCCGAAGGUUUAUAUUGUCUUAUCCGAGCUCAUCCAAGCUGUGCUUGAUGCUCGCCCUUCAUACGGCAGCGAACAAUCACUUCCAUCACCCCGUACAAGCCUCUUCACUAUUCUCCAGGCAGGCGAUGUCCAGGUCAAGUUUAGUGUUGCAAGGUUCAUACCUUUUUUGUUCGAGCGGUUCCUGCUCAAGGACCAUGACGCUAUCUUUGACGAUGUGCUAGGAAGCUUGCCUAGAGAUCCAGAUUGGGUUGAAGGCAUUGCGCUUCGCCUUUUUGUCUUAUCCCGAUUGGCUUCUGACUGGCACACUCUACUUCGCAGAUGCAUUUACCACAUGUUUGAGACACCCGCUCAGGUACCAGCCUCUCUCGAAUACGCGCAAAAAUGCAUGAAGUCGGUAUCGAGGACACUGGGCUUGCGCGAUGCAAGAGAACUAUUCCGGCUUUUCGCGUCUCAAAUACUCUACACCUGGAUGGAAACACAAGCAGUGAUUUCCAUGCCAUUCAGUAUCUUUGAAUACGGGAGCCUCAAAGAACUACUGCUUGACGUGAGGGAUGAGGCUGUUGGGCAGAUGAUGAUGCGUGGUAAGGAAUCGGAAUUGCAAGAGCUUGCAAGCUAUCUCGGCAUUCCCUACGCCGAACUCCUGGAAAGCUCUUUCCAUAGAGCCGAGGCCUAUUGUAUCGCACGGGACAUUACCACUCCACCUGAGCCCGGCAGCCAGCCUAAGGGCGUGGAGGUUCGAAUGAGAAAGCUACUUGGUACCGACGGGUUCAUGAAAAAGAUUGACAGGCACUUUCCUGAAAUCAUCGCCACCUUCUUCAAGUCGCUGGAUCGUUAUGAUCAGGUUGAACGGGCCUUUUCAAAGCGACCAAGCUUCCAGUAUGCCCUUGACAUCCAGAACAAAAUUGUGGACAAAAGCGCUGCUCAAAUUUCCCUACCCGCGAAUCAACAGCCCUCUUUUCGAGCUCGCUACCUCCUGGAUGAGCUCGACUUUCUUUGCAAACGAGUCGGAUUUGAACUGGAAUCGAUAUGGACUGCAGCACUAGCCUCAUUUAUCUGUCGGUCGCUGUUAGAGACAAUACAUCCCGCCCUUGGAUCUCUUCAUACCUGUUCUGUUAUUCGGAAAAUCAGAAUUCUUGUCUGUUUGUGUGGUCCUGUGAUCCUCGAAGGCUAUCCCUUCGAAAUGCUGCUUCAUGCCCUCCGGCCAUUCCUGAGUGAUGUCCACUGCUUGGAAGAUGCCGUAGGAAUUUUCUGGUACUUGCUGGAAGCUGGAAAAGAAUACUUGGUGGACAAGCCUGAUUUUGUGGCGGGAAUUUGUGUCUCGACAUUGUUGACCCUCCGCAAGCCUUUUUCGUCCUCGCUGGAAAGCACAACACAGCAGAGCCAGUUCAAGUCGGCUCUUACGAACGCUGAAAACUUUCACCAGUGGCUCUGGCAAUUUGCCGAAAAGUGUCGCAACUCGGAUUGGAACGAGAAUAUUCAGGAACCCUACUCUCGAAUGUUGUACCUGGCUCAACAAUUGUCAGCACCUAGUCGGUCAACAAGCAGGCCAAGCGAGAAGGACCUGGUUUUCGAAGUGCUUAAAGACCAGGACGCCGAAAUCUCUUUGCUCCAAAAGCCGAUAGCGGAUCUCGUGCUCUCGCUAUUGUGUCCCGAGUUCAAACAGAUAGCUGAUGAAGGCACCAGAUCCACCGACAAUGCUCUUGACCCAAAUCCUCACAUUGUUUCGUUAUGGCGUACACUGCACAAGUUCAAUGGCGGACCCGAGUACCGAUUAUGGGCUGCUAGAGUCAUUGGGCGCUCUUUUGCGGCCUCUGGCAAGGUAAACGAAAGUUUGCUUCGAGAGCAAGACCUCUCAUUGUUCAACAGUCCGACCUCCAUUGCCCCGUAUGAUGCGUUUUGUUUCUCCAAGUCCAAAAUCCUGCAAGUGCUCUGCGGGAAAUUGCAAAUUCAAGAUCAUAUUGAGAUUGGCCUCAUUGAACGCACUCUGCAGGUCAUUCUCAGUAAUAUUACCAAUUUUCCAGAAGUUCAAGGAUGCGCCGAGGUCAUUCCCGAAACCCUGGUACCGGCUUUCAUCUGGAGUCCGUAUGCAUGUCCCCAAUUUCCAAUUUCGGCGACCGAACUUGAAUUGUCCAACAAAGCUGAGACUGAUGCUGCUGACUUGCAUGUCACCGAAUGGGCGCGUAAUGUCUCUCUGCUUUUGUCAAAUACCACAUUGGAUGAUCCUGUUCUUGGUGCAUUGCGCAAAGUCCUUGUCGCAAGUCCGGACUUGGCAGUACAAUUGCUGCCUUACAUAGUUCACGAUUCAUUGCUGGUGGAAGGUGGCCAAAGAGGCCAGAUUCGACAAUCUAUUUCCGACAUCUUCAGGCAAAUCCUGUCAGAGGUCAGUGCAAAAACGAUUCCGCAUGCUCGUCUUGUUAUCAACUGCAUCUUGUACCUGCGUAACCAGCCCAUGGUCGAGGAAUCGACAAUGGUGGAACGUGACCAAUGGCUCGACCUCGACUUCGGCGAGGCAGCUGCAGCUGCACAUCACUGUGGUUUACAGAAAACCUCGCUUCUCUUUCUCGAGAUACAGGCCUCCAGGGUCAUUUCAGGAUCUCGCCGCUCAUCUGUUGCCAAAUACGAGCCACCCAUUGGGCUACUUCACGACGUAUUUAAAAACAUCGAUGACCUGGAUCUAUUUUACGGCAUUCAACAAAGUUCGUCUUUGACCACGAUAAUGGAAAGACUGGAGUACGAGAGCUCUGGUUUCAAGAAUCUUCUCUUUCAGAGCGCACAGUAUGAUAGCGAGGUUCAGAUGUCUGAAAGAGCGAACCCUCAUGGAGUUCUGAAAGCUCUGAAUGCGACCAAUUUGCAAGGAAUUGCCAAUACGAUGCUGUCCGCCUUGGGAACCUCAAGUGAAACACAAGCACCCUUUUCCAUCGAUAGCACGUUGCAAGCAGCAACUAGUCUUCAAAAAUGGGAUGUUCCCGUAUCACCAUUGGAUUCCUCGCCAUCGGCGACUGUCUUCCGUGUUUUCCAAAGCUUCGAUACAUCAUCGUCUCUGCCGGAGGUUGCGUGCUGUAUCAAUGAUUGCUUGCUAAGCACCCUCGAUAAUCUUGUCGAAACCGGCCAAUCGGCAAUAAAGUUGCGGGCUUCGAUGCGGGCCUUAGGAAUCAUGACCGAAAUAAGUGAUGUUCUCCAAUCAUCAUCGUCCGAAGCAAUCCAGGAAGGAUGGAGAAGUAUAAUGGCAAGGAGCAGCUGGUUAAAAACGGAAAGUUAUCAUGAGGUUGGUGAAAUCCUGAGCUGGCACGAGGCUCUGUUUUCAUCUAUCAGAAAGCAUGACUUCCUCAAAUCGAAGGCGAGCCUGAGCUCGAGUGAAUCGCGACUGCUUGAAGCAAAUGUCUUUCGACAAUCGCUGGAGAUCACGAGAAAUCAUGGUGUCUCUCAGGCAUCGCUCAAAUCUGCAAUCACUCUCUCCAAGCUCGCUGAACCCUGCGCGGAGCUAGGCAUGAAUAUUGAAGGGGCUGCGAAGUUUGAUCUUGCGAAUGUUCUCUGGGAUCAAGGCGAAAUGACCGCAUCGAUUCGGAUGCUGCAGCACUUGAAAGGACAAGGUGACUUACACAAGCAAGCAAUUCCAAUCAGCCGCGCUGAGCUACUUGUUACCUUGGGUGACCAUGUGGCCGAAGCCCGCCUAGAGAAACCCGAAUCGAUUCUUCAAGAAUAUCUGUAUCCAGCUGUCAAGGAACUGAAAGGGGCUUCAAAGGGAGAAGAGGCCGGAAGGGUCUAUCACGGGUUUGCCACAUUCUGUGACCAGCAGCUCCUAAAUCCCGACGGGCUCGAGGACUUCAAACGUGUUGAACAGCUUCGAGACCGCAAGGAGAAAGAAAUGAAAGGCCUAGAAGAUAUGAUGAAGACUGCCGAAGGCCGAGAAAGAGAAUCUUUGAAGAUCUUCCGAGCAAAGUCCAAACAGUGGUUUGACCUUGACGACCGUGAAUACCAGCGUUUACUUCGGAGCCGAGAAGCCUUCCUACAACAGAGCCUUGAAAACUAUCUCCUGGCCCUGAGAGAGAGCGAUGCUUACAACAAUGAUGCUCUCCGAUUCUGCGCGCUUUGGCUUGAUAAAUCAGACAGCGAUACUGCAAACGCAGCUGUCAAGCGAUAUCUCAAUGAUGUCCCAAGUCGGAAAUUUGCGCCCCUGAUGAACCAACUUUCCUCACGUCUACUCGACGUCUCCGACGAUUUCCAGUCUUUACUUACGGGAUUGGUGUUCAAAAUCUGUGCAGAGCAUCCAUUCCAUGGCAUGUAUCAAAUCUUUGCCAGCAGCAAGUCCAAAGGAGGCAAAGAUCCAUCCUCUCAUUCUCGAUUCCGAGCUGCUAACAAGCUCGUCGACCGGUUGAAGAGCGACAAGGCCAUAGGGACUACUUGGAUUGCUGUUCACAAUAUGAACAUCACUUAUGUCCGCUUCGCAAUCGAUAAGCCGGACAGCAAGUACAAGACAGGCGCCAAGAUUCCUCUGAGGAAGCUCUCCACGGGAGAUCGACUUGCGAAAGACGUGGAGACUUACAAGCUUCCUCCGCCCACAAUGAAAAUCGACUUGCGUGUCGACCGCGACUAUAGCGAGGUCCCCUCGAUCCAAAGGUUCAAUUCCGAGUUCACAAUCGCAUCAGGUGUCAGCGCUCCCAAAAUUGUGACUUGCAUUGCCACCAAUGGCGAGCGUUAUAAGCAGCUGUACAAGGGAGGAAAUGAUGAUUUGCGUCAGGACGCAAUCAUGGAACAAGUCUUUGAGCAAGUCAGCAGUCUUCUCAAAGACCAUCAGCCCACUCGUCAACGAAACCUGGGGAUCAGAACGUACAAGGUUCUCCCCUUGACACUCAACGCAGGAAUCAUUGAAUUCGUUCCAAACACCAUUCCACUCCAUGACUACCUCAUGCCGGCACAUCAGCGGUAUUUUCCUAAAGAUAUGAAGCCCAAUGCCUGCCGAAAAAACAUUGCAGAUGUCCAGACCAGAUCAUUUGAACAACGAGUGAGGACCUAUCGCCAGGUGACCGAGCAUUUCCACCCGGUGAUGAAGUACUUUUUCAUGGAGAAGUUCAACAACCCGGAUGAUUGGUUCAGUAAGAGGCUGUCGUACACCCGCAGUACUGCUGCUAUCUCCAUUCUCGGCCACGUCCUCGGCUUGGGUGAUCGACAUGGACACAAUAUCUUGCUGGACGAGAGGACAGGAGAAGUCGUCCAUAUCGAUCUGGGUGUUGCCUUUGAGCAGGGCCGAAUCUUACCGGUUCCAGAAGUGGUGCCGUUCCGCCUCACACGAGACUUGGUUGAUGGAUUCGGCAUUACGAAGACCGAGGGCGUGUUCCGUCGCUGUUGUGAGUUCACACUGGAGGCACUCCGACAAGAGUCAUACAGUAUUAUGACCAUCCUCGAUGUGCUCCGUUACGAUCCGCUGUACAGCUGGACUGUUUCUCCCUUGCGAAUGAAGAAGAUGCAGGAUAACCAGGAAACGAGCGAUGGUCCACCAGUUUUGCCUGGAGCGGCAGAUAAAUCCUCGACGAACGAACCCAGUGAGGCCGAUCGAGCUUUGACGGUGGUGGCCAAGAAGUUGAGCAAGACUCUGAGUGUCACUGCUACUGUCAAUGAGUUAAUUCAGCAGGCGACUGAUGAGAAGAAUCUUGCUGUUCUUUAUUGUGGCUGGGCAUCCUAUGCAUAG